GAGCGCAUCCACACACCCAAGUUGGACCAGGAGAGCUCGCCUAGUUCCAUGCCAUGUCUGUCAGAUGCCACCCUUGAAUUCUCACCAUCAGCGGGGAAACCAAGUCAAAGCCUUAGCCUAUAUGACCAGCCUCCUCUAAUCGACCCCCAGAUAUUUAGUGAUCCUAAGGACUGUGUUAGCAUUCAUGGGAACCACAUGAGAUAAAAAAUAAGCCCAGGUGCAGAGUUUAUACUGGUUUCAAUAUGCCUUGGAAAUAUGGAUUCUUUGUUAUUACACUAUUCGUCUUCACUCUCCAAGCCACAGGAAUUAAAGAGAGGAAUAAUCGGGGCUCCUGGCAGAGUGAAGUUAUCGGGACAGAAACAGAAGCCAUCAAUUCUAUGCACUUGGUUGAACUUUUGAGAACGACCAAACAAAACUCUAAUGUCAGAAUGAUAUUUGACCUAGAAAAGCAUCGUACAAAGAGGUCAGCGGUCUUUCACUCUGGAGUGAGAGUCUGUCCUCAGGAGACCAUCAAUGAGGUCAUCGCCAGCCAUCAAGCCUACUACAAGCUCAGAGUUUGUCAGGAGGCUGUGUGGGAGGCCUUCCGGAUCUUCUUUGACCGGAUCCCUGGACCUACAGAAUAUACAACCUGGGUUCACACAUGUCAACAUGAGUCUCUGUGCCUCUCUGACCUGGCCAGUAACUUCAGCAACUCAGAGGAGCACAUGAGUAUGGUGUACAGGAGGAUGAACCUGGGAGAUGAGAGGCAGCCGACUGGAAUGGUAGCAGCCACAACCACAGCAGCACCGGGGGUCGCUGAUAUAACAGGUCCAGAGGAGGCCCAGACUGCAACACCAGAACCACCUGCUCCUGUAACCGGCGUUGCCAGCGUCCCUGAUGCUCCCGAGGUUACAGUUGAAGUAGAAACUGUGGAGGAGGAGGACUCUGAGCUGCCCAAUGUUGUCCCAGAGCAGCCUGUGGAGGCGAUAGUGGAGUUCAGUAUUAACCUCGUGGACCCAGGCUACAAGGAACUACUGGACGACCCUGACUCCCCCCAAUAUGUUGACCUCUCUCAUCACCUGCAAGACCAGAUGCUCCAUGUUUUUGACAAACUCCCAGGAUUUAAAGAUAUCAAUGUUUUGGGAAUCAGCGAGACCCAGGAGAGUGACGGACCUGGAGCAGUGACAGUGCACUAUUCCCUGGUCUUUGAGACAAUUUCAACAGAAAUUUCAGAGGAUGACACAGGGACUCCAGUGUCAGCUGUGCCCAGCCUGCGGGAAAGGGUGGCCAAUGCUUUGAGUGAAGAGGCCUCUCUACCAGUGGAUCUACAGUCAUUAAACUUUGAACCAGUAAAAGUGAUUCCAUUAACUACAACACCUAUUGAGGAAGCUGUUGAAGAAGUGAUUGAAUGUUCCAGUACGCCAUCAAUCCACAACGACCUGGAAAUAGCCAUAGAUGAGCCAGAGAUUGUUGGGGAGAAGCCUCGUCUGGAUGUUCCACUCGGCCCUGUGGAAAAGAAAAAUGCUCUCGUCAACCUCCUGGACUCUACAGACAUUCCAGAUGAAGAAGUAGAAGAAGAAAAAGCCCCACCAGAGAGGGGUGAUGUGCCUUACAUCUACGAAGAUGUUGAUGAGAGGGAGUUUGAAGCAACAGCUGAACCAGAGGAAGAGGUGCCAUUUAUCACACACAUGAUUGAAACCAUCCAUGCCAUUGAUGAGGGAACUGGUGAGCUUGUCAGAGACUAUUUCCCAACCCCUCCUGCUGAGGACUCUGCUGCUGAGCCCAGCGUUCCAGAGGAAUACCCUGAGCCACCUUUUGGCAAUUUAGUUCCUACUAAUGGGUACCCUGUCUUACCCCCUGAGGAUUUGGAUAUUACCUCCGUUCCUGAAAUAGAAAGUAUAGAAACUGAUGCUCCAGCUGAACUCCCUCCUAACUUGAUAUCAGAGGAGAAGGCUGUUGUUGAGGAGGAGGCUGAGCAUACUCCAACCCCUCAGAUUCUGCUCACCACAGCCACUGAAGAAGAGCUGUCUGACCCUGGAUUACCUGUAACGACUCUCUCAGCCAUCACAGAUCAGCCUACUACUGAAGCAAUAGAGGACCUUGAAGUUGAGGAGAAUCUUAUUCCGAUUGAAGAGGAAGAAGUUGAGGAACCAGAACCUGAGGAAGAGGUAGUUGAGCUAUCGGGACCUGAGGAAGGGGUAGUUGAGCUAUCGGGACCUGAGGAAGGGGUAGUUGAGGUUUCGGAACCUGAGAAAGGGGUAGUUGAGGUCUCGGAACCUGAGGAAGAGGUAGUUGAGCUAUCGGGACCUGAGGAAGAGGUAGUUGAGCUAUCGGGACCUGAGGAAGGGGUAGUUGAGCUAUCGGGACCUGAGGAAGGGGUAGUUGAGGUUUCGGAACCUGAGAAAGGGGUAGUUGAGGUCUCGGAACCUGAGGAAGAGGUAGUUGAGCUAUCGGGACCUGAGGAAGGGGUAGUUGAGGAACCGGAACAUGAGGAAGAGGUAUUUGAGGAAUCAGAACCUGAGGAAGAUGUUAAUGAACCACCAGCAGAAGAAAUUAAAAUCAUCCAACCUCUGGAAUCUGUAGAGGACACUCUCUUUGGAGAGGAAACUUAUCCUGUUGAAGAGGACAAUAUUGUGCCAAUAGAAGACCAGUCAUCUGAGGAGGACAUGGAGGAACUAUUGCCUGAAUACCCUGGAUAUGAGGACAUCUACCCUGACGAAGUUGUUGAUACUGUGGACCAAUCAGAUCAUUCACCAGAGGACAGUGAAGUGGAAGAGGCUGCAUUGCCAGAGGACAGUGAAGUGGAAGAGGCUGCAUUGCCAGAGGUCAGUGAAGUGGAAGAGGCUGCAUUGCCAGAGGUCAGUGAAGGGGAAGAGGCUGCAUUGCCAGAGGACAGUGAAGUGGAAGAGGCUGCAUUGCCAGAGGACAGUGAAGUGGAAGAGGCUGCAUUGCCAGAGGACAGUGAAGGGGAAGAGGCUGCAUUGCCAGAGAACAGUGAAGUGGAAGAGGCUGCAUUGCCAGAGGUCAGUGAGGUGGAAGAGGCUGCAUUGCCAGAGGUCAGUGAAGUGGAAGAGGCUGCAUUGCCAGAGGUCAGUGAAGUGGAAGAGGCUGCAUUGCCAGAGGUCAGUGAAGUGGAAGAGGCUGCAUUGCCAGAGGUCAGUGAAGUGGAAGAGGCUGCAUUGCCAGAGGACAGUGAAGUGGAAGAGGCUGCAUUGCCAGAGGUCAGUGAAGUGGAAUUGGCUCCAUUGUCAGAGGUCAGUGAAGUGGAAUUGGCUCCAUUGCCAGGGGUCAGUGAAGUGGAAUUGGCUCCAUUGCCAGGGGACAGUGCAGUGGAGAUAGCAGUGACAGCAGAACCCAUCCCAGACUCUUCACCAACACCACCUGCAGAAUCUGGCACUGUGCCUGAGGUAGAUGAAACAGAGUCAGCUUCAGAGUUACAACCUACGGAGGAGGAUGCUGAGGAGCCUGAGGUGGUUGUUAUCGAUGAAGAGGAGGCUGAAGAGGAGGUCAUAGAUGUCUCGGAACCUGAGGAUGAGAGCGUGCAAGACCUUGCAGACAAUUUUGACCAAAUGGACCUGGUGAGCACAGAGGCCAUUGACCUUCCAGAUGCCAGUGGAUACCCAUUGGCUCCCGAGGAGCACCCCUUUGAGACCACAGCGUCUCCACCACUGAGAUACCUGACCACGCCCUCCAUGACCACGGCCAGUAAAGGAAGGGAGCUGGUAGUGUUCUUCAGUCUACGGGUCACCAACAUGAGGUUCUCAGAUGAUCUCUUCAACAAGAGCUCUUCAGAAUACAAAUCCCUGGAGAACACCUUUGUGGAGCUGCUGCUGCCUUACCUGCAGUCCAAUCUAACGGGAUUCAAGAAGCUGGAGAUUCUCAACUUCAGGAACGGCAGCGUUGUGGUCAACAGCAAGAUGAAGUUCUCCAAGUCAGUUCCAUACAACGUGACCCAGGCCGUCCACUGUGUCCUAGAAGACUUCUGCAAUGCUGCUGCCAUAAGCCUCAACAUUGAGAUUGACAGUCACUCUCUGGACAUAGAGCCGGCUGAUCAAGCAGAUCCCUGUAAGUUCUUGGCGUGCAACGACUUCUCUCGCUGUGUGGUGAACCGCUGGUCUCGGGAGGCCGAGUGUCUGUGUGACCCGGGCUACAUUACGUUGGACGGUUUGCCCUGCCAGAGUAUCUGUGUCCUGCAGCCUGACUACUGCCAAAACGGGGGUCAGUGUGAGGUAGUGCCUGGGCAUGGAGCCACUUGCAGAUACCCAGACAAGUAUACAAGUCUUCCUGGCAUGACAAGUUAAUAAAACAGAGUGUUGAAUGACAUCAACACUAUGUACUGGGAUAUGGCGACCUCAGAAGACAGCGUUUGGAUCACUGCAGAAGACAGCGUUUGGAUCACUGCAGAAGACAGCGUUUGGAUCACUGCAGAAGCAACACAGUACCGUUUAUAAAGGAUAUUUAAUAGCUGAUGCAGUUAACAGACUGUUGUGACUGCAGAAAGACACUGAUCUGCGGUCUUCUGAUUGACAGGCAGACACAACCCCUUCAUCUCAGCUUUCCAAAGCCUGUGUUUCACCUGAAAGGAUACUCCCCAAACUGUGGACGACAAACAGAUGUGAUCAUUUCGCUGCAUUUAUCAAGUUGCAAAGGCACCCCAGGACAGCAAACUGCUUUUAUACAUAAUGUGCUGACAAUGUAGUAGCACUUAAAGAAAAAAAAUGUAAAUGCCAGAAGAAAAGUGAUGUUUUCCUCAUGAGGUAUGUAUGUUGCAAUGGAGUAUAGUUAAUAUCACAUACUGUACACCUGUAUCAUAUUGUCUGUCUCUGUAUUGGUGUAAUAUUGAUAAUUGUAUAAAGUCCAUCUCUGUUUCCUCACUGUCUUCAAUAGGGCUUUUCUAACCGUGUGUAUUUUUGCUGCUGUACCAUUACCAUGUUGAGGAAUAGAGUGAUGUCAAACACGAGGGCCAAAAGCAGUUGAGUGAAGCAUGAAAUGUGUUUAUUUCAGUUAGAGAUCAGCAUUGGAAAAGGCAGUAUCUGAGGAAUGAUUGCUAUGCGUGUUGUGAGAUACAGAGCAUAUGGAAGCCAGCCAGUCAUUUGUUGUACAUUACAAGCGAUAUUCAAGGAGACCCCACACUACAGUAGUAAACUCUGAUGUUUGUCAGAAAUACAUACUUCGGGCUAAACUGAAGACAUGUUUUAGACACGAGCAUGAGUGGAUAGAUUUCAAACAACCACGACGUCGCCUUUCGCUUGUGCAGAGCGUCCAAGGGAAUGAGAAGAAACUCAAGACUAACAGCCUUACCUGAAGAGAGUAGUUCUAGUCUCACAAGAUUGUCAUGUACUGUGUGUUUGAGACAGUCUGUCCUCCUUGUAGUGUUGCGUGUGUAAAUUAUUGCUUCAUCAUUUGUUUAUUUUAAGAAACAUGAGUCAUGUGACCAAACCCUUUAUAGCAGGGGUGUUAAACUCAUUCCAUGGAGGGCUGAGUGUCUGCAGGUUUUUGUUUUUUCCUUUCAAUUAAGACCUACAGUAGACAACUAGGUGAAGGGGGGUCCUUACUAAUUAGUGACCUUAAUUCAUUAAUCAAAUACGAGGGUGGAGCAAAAACCCGCAGACACAUGGCCCUCUGUUGAAUGAGUUUGACACAUGCUUUAGAGUAUCUUAGAGUAGAAAUAUUUAUUUAGAAAAUAAAUGUGUACAUUCCUGUGUAGAAACAUUAGACUCUCUAUCAUACACGUCGAACAUUCUGUGGGUAUGUGUCUAUUGGAAUAUCUAGCAGAGAGAAGAAUAGCUGACUAUAUUGUAUAUGAGCUUGAAUGAAGUUGGGGUCAAGAAGACAACACCAUUUCACUAUUCAGUUUUUGUCCCAUACACACAUUUGGUCCGACAUCGUAGAGUAUCUCAAGAUUUGUAUUAUUCACUUCUCAUAAUUAAGUUUGAUUCAUUCAUUAUUUUUCUUUUUGUUUCAAUAUUUGGAAUAGGCAUUGUUUCAUGUGGAGAACAUGAAGCAAUUUCAACCAUGUGGCUUUAGUAAUGAAUGGUUGGGGAAUGUGAAAAGGAAAUAUUUAUUUACCUUUCAUUAGCAAACCUAAAUCACACAUAUGAAGAAUAAAACAAACCGCUCCUAACCAAACAGUAAGGACUGAAGGAACAAAUCAACAAACCCAUAUUACAUUCAGUCUGAAAGCCAGAGGUAAAAACGUAUUACAGUAUUAUCAAAUAUUAUAAUUAGAAAUGAAUGUGAAUUUAUGUGCAGUUACUAAAAAAUAUCCUUAGAGAAGAACCGCUCAAGUAUAACUGCCUCACAUGAGAAAACAGAGUUGCAACCUAGCCCAUUUCUACCCCAACCUAGCCCAUUUCUACCCCUCUCUUGUGCAAGUAUUGUCCUAUAAUUACUACAUGAAAAUAAACAGCAAGUAUUGGUUUGAGUGAAAUGAUCAACAAGCUGUUAAGACUGCAGAGACAAAAUGUUGACUUCAUUUUAAAUCACAAAGACAUAAUAUUAAACAUCAACAAUUUAAUACUCAAAACUUAUUUGGAGGCAGCUUUGAAACACUUCCUACUUUCAGCAAAUUACCCUGUUAAAGUAGUUUUAAUAAGGCCUCGUAGUUAAAGUAGUUUUAAUAAGGCCUCGUAGUUAAAGUAGUUUUAAUAAGGCCUCGUAGUUAAAGUAGUUUUAAUAAGGCCUCGUAGUUAAAGUAGUUUUAAUAAGGCCUCGCAGUUAAAGUAGUUUUAAUAAGGCCUCGUAGUUAAAGUAGUUUUAAUAAGGCCUCGUAGUUAAAGUAGUUUUAAUAAGGCCUCGUAGUUAAAGUAGUUUUAAUAAGGCCUCGUAGUUAAAGUAGCAGGAAUAUUAAAAGGAAAACAUCCAUAUUUGCUCGAGAAACAAAACUAGAUGUAAUAAUUAGUCACUGUCCGAUUCCUCUGCAUAGGUUCACUGCAAAUUCCCCCGUACCCACCAAGAAAUAAUACAUCAAGACAAUUGAAAGCAGCCAAGACCAACAACA